CAGAAUCACCGCUAUUCCGGAGCUUUGGUUCUAAUCACUGAGAUUUAAGUUUAGCAGCUCAAUAUUGGACCUUGAUGAAUCCUCCUCGUGCACUGCAAAUGCGUGCGAAAAGUUCUCCGAAAGACUCAGCUGGAAACCAAACGGUUUAUGCUUGAUUUUUUUAGCAUAGCUUUGAAAUUGUUAGUGGGUUGUUACAGAAGAGCUGAGAAUGACUGUGGUUGGUUUUGAUAGACUAGUUUGAUGAAGGAAUGGGUGCUUAGAUUUUUAUGUUCUAUUUGGUUGGUGAAAAAAUGCAGAUGCAUUAACGGGCAAUAUGUAUAGCUCUCAAAAGGAGUCAGAUAAGAUUGUAUCAGUCAUUGCAGGAGAGAACAAGCAAUCUGAUUUUUUACGUGUUUUCUACGAUGGUAUUAUAGCUGGAGGUGUUGCUGGUGUUAUUGUGGAAACAGCAUUAUAUCCAAUUGAUACCAUAAAAACUCGAUUACAGGCUGCCCAUGGUGGAGGAAAAAUUAUUUUGAAGGGUUUGUAUUCAGGAUUGGCUGGAAACCUUGCUGGUGUCUUACCGGCUUCUGCCAUAUUUGUUGGCGUAUAUGAACCUACAAAGCAGAAAUUGCUGAAGUCCUUCCCUGAAAACCUUAGUGCAUUAGCUCACUUGACUGCAGGUGCAAUUGGAGGUGCUGCUUCUUCUCUUGUCCGUGUGCCAACAGAGGUUGUAAAGCAAAGGAUGCAAACUGGGCAAUUUGCUUCAGCCCCUGAUGCUGUCCGUCUCAUUGUUGCUAAGGAGGGUUUUAAAGGCCUUUAUGUGGGGUAUGGAUCCUUCUUAUUGCGGGAUUUGCCGUUCGAUGCCAUGCAGUUCUGCAUCUAUGAGCAGCUUCGAAUAGGAUAUAGGUUAGCGGCAAGAAGAGAACUGAACGAUCCUGAGAAUGCAAUAAUUGGUGCUUUUGCUGGAGCAAUAACUGGAGCUGUAACUACUCCUCUUGAUGUGAUAAAAACAAGAUUAAUGGUUCAGGGGUCAGCAAACCAGUACAAUGGAAUUUGUGAUUGUGUUAGGACUAUUGUGAAAGAAGAAGGAACUCAUGCUCUUCUGAAGGGUAUUGGGCCAAGAGUACUGUGGAUAGGUCUUGGUGGUUCAAUUUUCUUUGGUGUUCUUGAAAGGACAAAACAAAUGCUUGCCCAGAGGCGGCUGCCUUCUCAAAACCCAAUCUCUUUCAAAGAUUAGCUCUAGCUCACCAUGUUGAAUUCAUUUCCUUCAAAAUUUAUCAUCUUAAAAGCUCUAUUCAUUGCACUUUUCUCCAUGCUUUGCUUCCUAAAUCAGAAAAAGCAUCAGCUAGCUCUCUCUUUAGAUACUGUUUCUGGUGUUUCUAUAUUGAAAUUGCAUCGUCAGAACUUGAAACCAAUUAGAUUAUUGAACCUGUAAUUUUUCUUGUGUUUGAAUUGAAAAUCAGAAAUAAAUAUAGUUGUGAACUGA